AUGGUGAUCGCCCCGACUCGUCCCGCGACGGCCCCGCCGCUGACGCCCCACGUUGUGCCGGCCAUCAGUCGAGGCGCAGCCUGUUUGUCCCCUGGGGGCUAUGCCAACACGAUCGUUACACCCAAGUCGCUUCUCGCGGGGGAUGCCCCGUUUGGCGCUGACGCUGCGUAUUACCACCCGCCGCCACCGGCCUGUUCGAUUCCGUUCAUGGUUUUUCUCGCGGCCCCGAAGAUGGCGAUGAACAUGUCAUGGGCAGCGCAGUGGGCUGCGUUCGGACCCCUGUUGGAAACGCUCUUGCCGUCGUGGGCUGUGCAGCUCGUCCAAAUCGUUGGGCCCCUCACGGGCCUCUUGGUCGCUCCAACCAUUGGCGUGCUGAGCGAUGCCUGCACGAGUCCGUACGGGCGUCGCCGUCCAUUCCUUUUGUUUGGAGCUGUUGCGUCGUCGGUUUGCUGGCUCGUGAUGUCGUAUGCGAGGGAAAUCGGUGAAGCCAUGGGCGACGUCCCAGGCGGGACGCGGCAGCCCUGGACCGCGGUGUGGACGGUGUUGUGUUACAUUUGGAUGGACAUUAGCGUCAACAUGACGCAAGUCCCCGUGAGUUUGAUUCUGGCCGACUUUGCCGGGGACCGCCAAGUCACUGCAGCCUCGAUCGGCCAAGGAUUUUCGAUCGCUGGGUCGUUUUGCGUGUCGGGGUACAUUUUGUUUUUUGGCCCCGCGCACGAGUCGAUUCACGCCUUUAUGUUUAUGCUUGUGGGGGUCAUGCUCUUGACGGCAAUUCCCGUCUGCAUUUGGGCCAAGGAAGAGCCAAUGCCCCUUCCGCCGAAUGCGAUUCCUCGAUGCACACAGCUGCAGCAAGCUUUUGCCGCCGUGUACACGGGCCUCUGCGAACUCCCCCGUGUCCUUGUGUCGUUCUGCGUGUGCUUUUUCCUCAUUCAGUACGGGUACACGGCGUACAAUGGCGCCAAGGGACAAUUCUUUGGGCUGUUCGUCAAGGGGGGUCUCGCCGAAGGGGCCAACGUGUGUGGCAAGGCGUGUACGGGCCCCCAAGAAGCCUACAACGAGGGAGUGCAGUUGGCGGGUGGCAUCACGGACACGAUCUUUAACGGCGUCGGGCUCGUUUACCUGGCCAUUUUGCCGUGGCUCGUUCGAACGUGUGGUGCCAAGCGAGUCUUUACAUGGUCGAUUUUGCCCCAAGCGCUUUUGAUUGCGAUGGCCAUGUGCAAAGUGGUCGAAGUCAACGUGACGAUUGUCGUGCUGUGUGCCAUUACCCAGAACACUGUGUUUGCCAUGCAGAUCCCUGUCAUCAUCCACGUUGUCGGCCAUGGCCCGGACAACCAGCUCGGGCUGUUUGCAGGCGCAUUCAACUCAGCAAACUGCGCCGGCCAGUUGCUCAACUUUGUGCUCGCCACGUUGCUCGUGCAAACGGACAUGGGGCACGCUUUGCCAGUGUUGGUCGGGGGGAUCCUUAGCCUUGGGGCCCUCCUCGUCGCCCACUUUACCCUUGAGCUUAACAUGAAGUCGCUGUAA